AUGUUUCACAACAGCUCGCAAAGGAAACACUGGAUCUUUAGAAAUGAACAUGAACUUGAGCAGAUGAGAUGCAGAGCUAACGAGAAAUUUCGCAACAGAGCGCUGCAAAGCGGGAAGCCUGGUGUGAGUGAGUCCGCUUUCUUGGAGCGUCAUGAGGAAGACGUUAUAUUUCGACAUUAUGAGAGAAGACUGCUGGACUUCUGCAACGCUUUUAAACCAGCAAUGCCCAAGUCCGUUGUGUGUGCAGCCAUCAUGUACUUCAGAAGAUUUUAUCUGAACAACUCCAUUAUGGAAUACCACCCUAGGAUCAUCAUGCUGACGUGUGCAUAUCUUUCCUGCAAAGUGGAUGAGUUCAAUGUGUCCAGCACCCAGUUUGUGGGGAAUCUUCUGCAGGAGACUCCGGCGGGGCAGGAGAAAGUUCUGGAGCAAAUACUGGAGUAUGAGCUGCUGCUAAUCCAGCAGCUCAAUUUCCACCUGGUGGUCCACAGUCCCUACAGACCCAUGGAAGGCCUGCUCAUAGACCUCAAGACGCGAUAUCCCACACUGGAGAAUCCAGAAUCACUGAGGAAGAGCACUGAUGACUUCUUAACCCAGGCAUCCCUGACAGAUGCAGGACUUCUAUUUUCCCCCUCCCAGAUUGCUCUGACUGCUAUUCUGAACAGUGCCUCUAGAGCUGGUCUCAGCAUGGAGAGCUACCUGACUGAAUGCAUGGGACUGAAAGAAGACAAAGAGACUCUCUCGAAGAUGUACGACUUGAUGCGACGAAUGAAAACUCUCCUAAAAAAGUAUGAACUUCCUAAACUGGAUGAGGUGAACGUGUACAAACAAAAGUUGGAGAGGAUUCAUGCUCAAUAUAACAGCUCAAGCAACAAACGAAAGAGGGGAUAUGAAGAGGAUGGACAUGUAGCAAAAGAGCCACGUGUGGUCGAGGAGGAAUGGACUGAUGAAGACCUCUUAUGA